AUGAAGAAGCCAAUCACCUUUCCAGACUUGCCAGCUGAGCUUCGCACACAGAUCUACGGAUACCUGGUACCCGAUCGCCCGCUUUCGGACAGCCACCCGGACUGUUCACUUCGUGACGACGGCUUACAAUGCUCUACCAACUUCAUGGCGUGCUGCAAGCAGGUUCAGGGUGAAGCGGCAGACCUGCUGUACGCCGACAAAAAUGCGAGAUCAUUGUUAACGGCGAGACGUAAGAAUUCGUCCGUGUUGAGAUGCUGGGUCAUGUAA